ACUGGCCGCGGUUGCUUUGGUUACCGGUUGAAUCCGGAAGUGACUUUACAGAAACAUUUGAAACAUGGCUGUGGAGAGCUGGAUUGAUGUCCUAAAAUCAUCAAAGAAAACGGCGUUGAUACACGAUGGAAAAAGGAAGAUCCACUACCUCUUCACAGACGGAAAAGAAAUGGCGGAAGAAUAUGACUUGAAGACAGAUGAGCUCAUCGUAAGAAAAUGGCGCCAUAAAAGCACACUUGGAGUUCAGGGCUCGUGGCUGGUGGAGGUUGGGGAGCCCCUUGCAGGCCCUGUUGCCUCUUUGGACUCUGAUAUGAUCAAGGAGAACAGCUCGAAUCCCGUGUUCAUGCGUAAAGACACAAAGACGAGCUUUCAGUGGAGGAUCCGGAACCUUUCCUACCCCAAAGAUGUCUUCAGCGUUUCAUUGGAUCAGUCUGAAAGAUGUGUCAUCAUAAAAACCUCAAACAAAAAGUAUUAUAAGAAAUUCAGUAUUCCUGACCUCGACCGCAGUCAUCUGCCAUUAGACAGCUCUGCACUCAGCUUCACUCAUGCCAACAACACUUUAAUUGUCAGCUACAAGAAACCCAAAGAGAUCUUAACCCUUGAACAAGAGCUUCUGACGGAACUGAAAAAGCUGAAGGGGAGCGCCGACGGGGACGUUGACUGCAAAACCCAGUGAAUUCUGACUGUGGGAGCCAGGGAAUAAUUCUGGGUUGCAUUUAGAGCAGAACCUCACGGUGUCAUUUUCCAGUCACGUAUGAGCUCUCAUUUAUUUUUUCUAUACUUAAUCCCUUCAUUAAGAUUUGCUGUGCCUUGUCCCUUAGUUAAUGUCUAAUUGUCUUGAUUAAUUUGGGUUCACUCUGCUGGAAUUAUUUGUGUGUCCAGGUAUCUAUAUUUGACACAGAAAAAUAUAGCAUAAAUAUUUAGAUCGAUUUAAGAGCCUUGUAGUUGAACCAUAUUUUUUUUUACCCAAAUUAUUUGACUGAUGAAAAAACAAUGUUUACGUUGCACCACAGCAGAAUCUGUUCUUUCUUUUUACCAAACCUACUGUGGAGCAGUUUUGUUGGGGGGGGGGGGUCACAUAACCUACCACCCUCCUUCCAUUGAUGUCCUUGUAAAACACUCAAAACACACAAGGCUUCAUCCCUGUUCGUUCCGAGGUCACAGUUACGAGGACAUCCCAUUUGUGUUAAAUGAAUACCCUCAUGUUCCUUGUAUGUAGUGGGCCACCCUGAAAGCCAUUACUGAAACUUGUGUUUUCCAUUGAAAGAGAGGGUGAUUCUGACUUAGUGGUCUCUGUCCAAAAUGCCACAGACACAAGUAAGAACUCGAUGCAUCUGUUGCAGAGUUUUGUUUCAGAUUUCUAUAAAGUUUUUUUUGUUUAACAUGAAGGAAUGUGAAGUUAAAAUUUUGUACCUCUGGAAAAUGGAAAUGUUUGCAUCUACUGUAUUGUCUAUGAGAUGUGGAAGAGCAAGUUUAUUAAAGUUGGGCAUUUCUCUACUUUUUAAAAAAAUUUUUUUAAUUGAGUUCAAUUCAAGAAAAAAGAACAACACUGCCUGGUGAGGAAUACUUAGACAGUGGACAACAAAAGGAGUAGUGUGUUUAAAAGAGACAAUGGCAUUUAAAUAUAGAUUGUUUCAACCUUGUGAUUCCUUGCAUUUUUUUACCACUUGUCCAAACCCGGAGAGCAAGUGCAAAAAGUAGAGACAAAACCACAGGUCUCUCUCUCUCUCUAUUGUGCUUCGUCUUCUUCCAGAUGGAAAGAACACAAAUAUAAGAAAACAUUUCAAAACCAGCUGGCCCUGUUGUCUUGUAAAUUCUUGUCAGGGACCUGAUGGAUUUUUUUUUUUUUUCCAAACUGUGAGAUGACAAAAAUGAAUUAGCAUGUAGCAUUUGACAGUUUGGUUUUGGAGAGCUGCAGUGUUGAUUGUAAUUAUAUUAAACUUAACAAAGAUCCCCUGCAACAUUGAAUUGGAUAAGUGGAAAAACAUGGAUGGAUGGAUGGAUGGAUAACAAAGGUUUCUGCUGAGUUGAUGAAUUAAAAAUAGUGCUCAUUUAGAGGUCUCAAUUUUCUUUAAUAACAGUUCUCAGAGCUUCAGCU